CCGGUCCCAAAAGGAGCUGACUUGGGGCGCCGGCUGGCGUGCGCGCGAGCCGCGCCGGUCAGACGACCCGACCCCCUCCCGCCCCUCUCGCGUCCACCUACCCCCUGCCCUCUUCCUUCGCCGCCAUGUUUCGCGUUCUCUCCGUGUCCGCCCCGCGCGCGGCUGUCGCCCUGAGCACUACCACUCGGGCCUUCUACUCUUCCGGUCGCCAGCUCCUGCAGGGCGUCCUGACUGAGCAGCUCUCGGCCAUGAAGGAGGCCGGCACUUACAAGAGCGAGCGUGUCAUCAGCACUCCCCAGUCGUCGGAGAUUCGCCUGCAGACUGGCUCCCCGGUCCUGAACUUCUGCGCCAACAACUACCUCGGCCUGGCUGACAACCAGUCCGUUGUGCAGGGCGCCAUGAAGGCCCUGGAGACCCACGGCAAUGGCCUGUCCUCGGUGCGGUUCAUCUGCGGCACCCAGGACAUCCACAAGGCACUGGAGAAGCGCAUCGCCGAGUUCCAUGGCACCGAGGAUGCCAUCCUCUACAUUUCCUGCUUCGAUGCCAAUGCCGGCAUUUUCGAGGCCAUUCUCACCGACGAGGAUGCCGUCAUCUCGGACUCCCUGAACCACGCCUCCAUCAUCGACGGCAUUCGCCUGUCCAAGGCCAAGCGCUACCGCUACAACAACUGCGACGUGGCCGACCUCGAGGAGAAGCUCAAGCAGGCCGACAAGGAUGGCGCCCGCGUGAAGCUCAUUGCCACGGAUGGUGUCUUCUCCAUGGACGGCGCGGUGGCUCCCCUGCCGGAGAUCUGCGACCUGGCCGACAAGUACAAUGCCCUCAUCUUCAUGGAUGAGUGCCACGCCACCGGCUUCUUCGGUGACACCGGCCGUGGCACUGACGAGUUCCAUGGCGUCCGCGGCCGUGUGGACAUCAUCAACUCCACUCUCGGCAAGGCCGUCGGCGGCGCCGCUGGCGGCUACACCGCCGGCCCGCGCGAGGUCGUCGACAUGCUGCGCCAGCGCUCGCGCCCGUACCUUUUCUCCAACAGUCUCCCGCCGGCCAUGGUUGGCGGCGCCAUGGCUGCCUUCGACGUGGUCACUCAGUCGGACGAGCCGCGCCGUCAGCUCCGUGCCAACACCAAGCUCUUCCGCCAGCGCAUGACCGAUGCCGGCUUCACCCUGAAGGGUGACGUCCAUCCGAUCGUGCCUGUCAUGCUGGGCGAUGCGCGCCUGGCCUCCGACAUGGCUGAUCGCCUGCUCAAGCGCGGCAUCUAUGUCAUUGGCUUCAGCUUCCCCGUCGUUCCGCGCGACCAGGCCCGCAUUCGUGUUCAGCUCAGCGCUUCGCACACGACCGAGCAGGUCAACCGCUGCGUCGAUGCCUUCAUCGAGGUCGGCCGUGAGCUCGGCGUCAUUAACUAAGCCCCUGUCUGGCCUGUCCCCCUCCCCGUCUGUUUCCCCUCUUUCCUGGGUUUGCUGCUUUCGAUAAUGCACCACCAUCAUCACCA